AUGGGAUACUUCGGAGCUCUAUCUUCUACUUUUCUCUUUGGCCUACAUGAGAUGGGUCCUGAAGACGAUGCUUCAAUGCUUAGCCUGAAUGUGGAUUUCCUCGCGAUCAUCCGUUGUUCUAGAAUUAUGGCGGAGCAGUUAAAGUUGCAGUUCGAGGAGGCUUUGCAGAAAUACAAAGAGAUUGAGAACGACCGUGAAAAGUAUAUCAAUAGUCGACAACAACUUGAGAGUCAAUUGACGGAAAAUACGCUGGUGAAAUCUGAGUUCGAGUACCUUGAUGAAGAUGCGAAAGUGUAUAAACUUAUUGGUGCUUGUCUUGUUCGACAGGAUAUCCUAGAAGCAAAGGCGAACGUUGAAAAACGACUUGAGUAUAUUACCGCCGAAAUAAAACGAGUGGAUGAUAAUCUUUCCGAUUUUAAAGAGAAGAUUGAGACACAAAAGACAAAACUUCUGGAAAUCCAACAGAAAUUGGCCGCUGCUAAGUGA